GCCGACCAGAACCUCAAAUUUUGUACUUCUAUGCUUUCAGUUUUUCUUUUGUAUAUAUCCAUUUACUUCUUUAGAUCUGUUAUAACUCUUUCCCGUUUCCUUUUUGGCUUUUCAAACAAUUUGAAGCUUUAACAAUUUUGAACAGGAGCAAUAUCCCAUGUAGAAUUUGGUUGCAAAGUGGAGUAACAAUCAGUACAUUUUUACCAAAUACCAUUUGUGGUGGCCGUACAAAAUAUGAAGAGUCGAGUCUCUGUUCAUUGUAGAAGUGAUUCACAGGGCGGCAAAGCUUCCUUUUCUUGGUCAAAAAUCAGCUUGAUUAGGCUUCUUUAAAGAUUGUCCAAGACCUGCAUGGAGAUAAUAGUAAUGGGAUGAGCAGGAAUCGAAUAGUGUGGUUGCUGUACAUAGUUGAUAUCAGAUCAUGACACCCCCCGCAAAUUAAGACCUGCCAUACAAAAAAGUUUCUUCUUUUCCAUAAAGUUUAUGACCUUGAAAUUUUUAUCAUCUUAAUUCUUAAUUAUCUACUCUAGGUUUGUUUUGUUUCUCUUUAACAGUCAUUGAUAUAUCACCUUUGUUUAUUUAUUUUUCUAUGCUAGAAAGGUACUGGUAUCAGGUCAGGCAGUCUUUAUUUUGGAAAAGCAAUCAGGUAGUCUCUUUGAAAACGAGGAAAUUUUCUUCUCUUUUUCUUCUUCAUACUUCUUAAACUUUCCUUGAAGAAAAUAAUCCCUUAUUUGAUGCAUAUAAAGGAUUUCAAGAGAUGUGAGGUUGAUGAAUAUAUAUUUGUAUAUGUGUAUACAUAAUAUUUAGUCACACAGGAGGAUUUUUUAUUUCUUUUAAUAUUAAAAUGUGUAAACCACUAAGACGAAGUAAGGCUUCUUUAGGCAGAUAACGAAAUUUCGAACUUAGGCACACCAUCUAAGAAAAAUUUUAUUUCUAGGGAAUAUAGACAGCUAUUCAUUGUUUUUUCCUUGUGAGAUAUUAUACUUCUUCCAUAUCAAUGAGUGCUUAUGCCCCACAUUUGGCUCCAUCACAGUGAACUUCUCCCUCAAUAAAUACCCUUCUAGGAGGCGUGUGUCCUCCACAAUUCUCCAUCUUUCCUUCAUUAAUUGCCUUCAUUUUCUUCACCAUUCUCAAUCCUUUUCUCAUGGAGACCACCAAUGGAACAUCUUUCAAUAACCAGAAGUUCACUAUUCCGGUGGUGAAUGAUGUUGAGCAACAAACAAGCAUGGAACUUGAAGCAAAAGACGACUUCAAUUACUCAAAACGAUCGCAAUGGCUACGAGCUGCAGUCCUAGGAGCCAACGAUGGACUUGUCUCCACUGCAUCACUGAUGAUGGGUGUUGGUGCAGUAAAACAAGACAUUAAGGCCAUGAUACUAACCGGUUUUGCAGGUCUGGUAGCCGGAGCUUGCAGCAUGGCCAUAGGUGAAUUUGUUUCUGUGUACUCACAGUUAGAUAUUGAGCUGGCGAAGAUGAAAAGGGACAAACAAAGAGGUGAAAAUAGAGAAACAGAAGAAGAAGAAGCUGGAAAAGAAGGAGAAAAGGAGUCUUUACCAAACCCUUUGCAAGCAGCUGCAGCCUCGGCUCUUUCAUUUUCAGUGGGGGCAAUGGUGCCAUUGCUAGCUGCAUCUUUUAUAAGGGAGUAUAAGGUGAGGUUAGGUGUAGUGAUUGGAGCAGUGACCUUGGCUUUGUUGGUGUUCGGAUGGUUGGGGGCUGUGUUAGGGAAGGCUCCAACCGUGAGGUCUGCAGUUAGGGUGUUGGUUGGCGGGUGGCUGGCCAUGGCUAUCACCUUCGGCUUAACCAAGUUGAUUGGAUCAAGUGGGCUUUGAACAUCCUUUUUCCAUGCCUUUUGGUCAAUGUGAGUCACAGAACUGUUACCAUGUUGUUUCUGUCUGCUAUAUUUUCCUAUGUUGAUACUUCCCAGGACGCAAUAUGUGCAUGGGAAGAUGGGUUGCUCUAUAUAUUGACAAUAUAUUUAGAAAGGGUACUUAAGUAGAAUUGUUCAUGUAAUAUCUAAGUAUCUCAAUUUAACUUAAAUAAGUAUAUAAAUAACUUCUCUGUAAAAUGAUGAUUUCGUGUAAAUUUUAGAUUAAACAAAUUCCA